AUGUUGUUAUCAAGUAUAUGGUUUGGUGCAGGUAAACCUAAAAGUAUGAAUGAUUAUUUAAAGCCAUUCAUUGCUGAAGCAACAAAACUCGCCGAUAAGGGUUUUCAAUACAAGUACAAUGGCAGAAUAUAUACUAAAAAAGUAAUUGUUAUGUUGGGAAUUUGUGACGCCGUUGCACGACCAUUAGUGAGAUGUUCAACUCAGUUUAAUGGCGAGUAUGGUUGCGGUUUGUGCCUUCAUCCGGGAGAACGAGUAGAAAAGGGCCGAGGGUACACGAGAGUGUAUCCUAUAAUUCAAGGGAAUCCGUUUGGAGAAGAUUUA